AGGUCAGAGCUGCAGAAAACCCUGUUUGUGAAACAUGUAAAUAGUUAAGUGUAAAUUGCAUGUCGAAUGAAAUGUUUAUGGUGUAAUGUGGAUGGUUGACACACGGAAUAAUCAGCAUUAACCAAGAGUGUGUUGAAGACAUGAAUACUCUGCAGUCCUGAUAGCAGCCAUCAUGACGACAGAGGCUGUGUCCUCCUCAGGGACUCGGGCUCAGAUCCAAGCUCCUGUCCAGAAAGACUACUACUACUGGUUACGCUCUUUCACAGCUGGAGGAGUUGCUGGAUGCUGUGCCAAGUCCACCAUAGCGCCUCUUGACAGAGUGAAAAUUUUACUACAAGCUCAAAAUCCUCAUUACAAACACCUUGGAGUGUUCGCCACAAUUAAGGCAGUGCCAAAAAAAGAGGGUUUCCUUGGACUAUACAAGGGAAAUGGAGCCAUGAUGCUCAGGAUUUUCCCAUAUGGAGCCAUUCAGUUUAUGGCUUUUGAUAGCUACAGAAAGUUCCUUAACAAACGACUUGGAUUAUCUGUGCAUAUUCAUCGGCUCAUGGCAGGAUCUAUGGCAGGGAUGACUGCAGUUAUUUGCACCUAUCCACUCGAUGUUAUCCGAGCACGCUUGGCGUUUCAAGUGACAGGACAUCAUCGCUACACUGGCAUACGAAACGCCUUUCAGACCAUUUACCUUAAGGAAGGAGGUAUCUCUGGAUUCUACCAUGGUCUGACCCCAACAAUCAUUGGCAUGGCUCCAUAUGCAGGCUUUUCCUUUUUUACAUUCGGAACAUUGAAGACUCUGGGACUCACUCACUUCCCAGAGCUCCUAGGCAAGCCGUCUCUUGACAACCCUGAUGUUCUCGUGCUGAAGACUCACGUCAAUCUGAUGUGUGGUGGAGUUGCUGGGGCAAUUGCUCAGACUAUAUCAUACCCACUAGAUGUUGCCCGGAGGAGGAUGCAGUUAGGUGCGUCACUCCCUGAUUUUGACAAAUGUUGCAGCCUCAGAAAAACUCUCAAGCAUGUGUACACCCAGUAUGGGAUCAGGAAAGGACUGUAUCGCGGCCUGUCCCUCAACUACGUCCGCUGUAUACCGUCACAAGCUGUUGCCUUCACUACUUACGAGUUCAUGAAGCAGGUCCUUCACCUAAACUAGAACAAUCAGUGACUAAGCCUUAAAGGAACGAGUUGAAACGACCCCCGGUGACAUCACAGCAGUCCUGUCUUCCAUUCCAGAGACCAGUCACGUGAAAUCCAGUUCUUACUAAACACCCUCACAAACGGCAAACCUGUGGCUUUGCACAGCCCAGCAACAGUCACUAUGGAUACAGAGACAAAAGCAACCGACACUGGAAAUCCCAUGGAAACCUGCAUCUGAAACUUGUUUGUAAGAAGCUAUCCCAUUUCAGAUCAAACAAUAUAUUUCACUCAUAAAGCAAAAUCAGUCAAUUAUUAUACCUAUACAGACAGUUUCUGUAGGUAUAUCACGGUGCUUUUGACCUGAUUUUUAAGUCAAAUACGGAAGUUGAUUUUUCUUUGCUAAAUUUUAUAUGUAGCUUUAUAUCACCUCAAGUGUACAUAAUGUCUAUGCAGUAUUAAGUCAUGUUCGCAUGCUGAUGUUCCUGUGACUCAAGUUAAAUAUCUGAUUGAUGCCUUACAGUGCAGGUUAAUUCACAGUCUUUUGGAAGAAAGCAAUCAAAUGAGAAUCUGUGUGGUGAUGUAUAUAUCACAUAUGUAUAUGAAUCUUAAAUUACCGUUAACUGAUUUGUAAUGGGAACUACACAAGUCCCUUCAAUAGAAUAGAACAAAAUAACAGAAUAAACUUUCACCAGGCCAGAUUAAAAUUAUUAUUAUUUUUUAAAAUAUAUCUAUUUGAUCUAUUGCCUUGUUUUGUUUUGCAUUGAAUGGAAAUGUGCUCUCAAACGGUUGCCUCAUUUUCCUUCCUCUUGUAAUGACUUGCUUUUUUGUUGUUGCCAUGUGGUGGCAGUGUUGCAGUGAAUCGAAUCCUCUUUAAUAUCUCUGUAAUUGGACUUUUCAUGUACAUGUUGAUCGUUCAGCUGCAUGUGUUUCCAAAAAUGAAGGGGAACAUUUAUGUGCAUACAUUCAAUACAUACUGAUACAGUUUUGUUACUGAGUGAAUACAUGAGUGGUGAAGGUCAUGAUUUAUUGAUCACAUUUCAAGUUUAUUUGCACUAAAUGCCAUCAAGCUGAAUAACUAGAAUGGGAGGAUUGUCUUAAACAUAUCUUUGCUGAUUCUUGAGGACUGUGGAGAAAGUUUGUCUUGCUGCUUUGGAUAAAUCGCCUUUAUUUAUUUGUUAUAUUGGUUUAAUGAAUGGACAUUAUGUCAGAUUGAAAUGGUUAAUAGGCACUGAACAAAUUAACAAUGAGAAUGUGUUUUUAAUUUGUAUGUAUGCAUAGAUGAUCAUUAAAGAAAUGUAAAUGUUAAACCAAUAUCUCUGGGAAUAAAAAUAAAGGUGUUUUUUGUCUUGUU